AUGGAACAGCAGUAUUCGACGUCCAAAGUGACUGUCGAGUACUUUGACCCCCACGACGUCUUCAAGCUCCUCGCCUCGGGCCUCAAUCCUCGUCUGCCUCUUCGAAACCUGCACUGGCAAUCUCAUGCCGGACCGCUGCGCUCCAUUGACACCCUCCACGUCGAGCUCGUCCCCAGCGGAACGGCGACGCACGCGGCUGCCAUCUCGACCCAUCGCGAAUCGGAUGCUUCUCGUGAUGACGGCUUUCAGACGCAGAAUGUCGGCGGCCCGUCAUCCGGUGCCGCCGAAGCCGUGGAGAGCACCCAGUCUGCCCCGGCUGGCCCCGGCGGAAGCCAGCGUCGGCACCAGAUACCCGGCCUGCGUCGCACCUCCUACCUCAAGAUCCUCUUCGUCCGCUGCGACGACUCCGAGUCGUACAAGACGGCCGUUCGCUCCGAGGUGCGCGAAUGGAUCAAGACCAACACGCCCAAGAAGGUGAGCAACCAGGAAAUGCACGACGCCUUCGAGUGGCUCAUCGUCCACGUCAUCCUCCCCAACACGGCCGCCGCCACCCAGCCUCGCACGGGCGGCAAGUCGGACGGCGGCGCUCCCGAAAAGGGCACCGCCUCGUCGCGGUGGCGAACCGGCUCGACGCCCUUGAUGGAAAAGUUCCGCUCCGACUUCAACUCGUCCGCCAAGGGCACCCCCGACCGCAUCGCCCAGGUCAGGAUCGGCAUCAACGACGUCCCCUACGACCUCCUCCCCCGCGUCGUCCCCGCCGUCCCGCCGUCGGGCUAUUCCGAGACGGAGCAGGAUACGGAGAGCGCGUGGGGCGAUUUCAUGGGCAAGAUCAAGAGCCUCAUCCUCACCUCGUUUGACCAGAGGGUGAGCCAGUACGAGGACGACAUCAAGGAAAAGGAUGCCCAGCGCAGCCUGCCCGGCUGGAACUUUUGCACCUUCUUCAUCCUCAAAGAGGGCCUCGCGAGGGGAUUCGAAAGCGUUGGCCUCGUCGAAGAUGCACUCGUCGGCUACGACGAGCUCAGCAUCGGCCUCGACUCGGUGCUCCGCGAGCAGGCGGCCACCGGCGAACCCGAGAGCCACGGAGGCGCGCUGCUGGCGUACACGGACGAUCUGGAGGCCGUCGUGAAGCGGGCGCUGACGCAAGUCUCCGGCGACGACGGAGACGCCGAGGCGGAAGAUCUUCAGUCGAAGCCGACGGCGAGGGAUCCGUCGCACGAAAUCGUCAUCAGUUCCACGUCGAAGCCGUACCGAGACUUGAUCCUCGCCAACAAGGUGUCGGCCUUUGACUUUCGCUGCUACCUCUUCGCCCGCCAAGUCUCGCUGCUGCUGCGUCUCGGCAACGCGUGGGUGACCAAGGAAGAGCUGAUCGUGAAGCUCAAGGACCAGCAGGAUUCCGUACUGCAUGGCGUCGCCCCCCCCGUGGCCCCCCAACCGCGACGCGAGGAGCCCGAGAAUUUGGCCAUGCUCGCCGAGAUAUGCCAGAGGACGCUGGAGUUUAUUCCUUCCAUCUCGCAGGUCAUGCGCCAGGACAUCAUGGCCGCUCUCGCCGUCGCCCAGACGGAGGGGCAAACGGCGGAGGCGAGUCCCUUGCUGGCGGAGAUGGUGGACAACAUCGUCUCCUCCUUUGCCUUCUCCGUCGCCCAGCAGAUUCUGGCCCAGACCUCGAGCAGCGCGCUUCCCAUCCCGCCGACGACAUUGACGACCGUCGACGGCCACGAGCCCAAGUCGUCGAUUCCGGAACCGAAGACGAUGAUGCACCCGGCACGCAGCUCGUCCCUGCAUUCCGCAUCUUCGCGCCACCCUCCCGGCACCGAAGCGUCCCCCGGUUCGGGCCGGCGGCUCAGCGCCUCCGAUGCCGAUUCGCGAUCAAAAUUCCUCAAGAUCGGCCUGGAAGAGCUCGCGGCGCGGCGGGCGGAGCUUCAUCUGCUGUCGAGAAGCAUCCUCAGCGGCUUGGGGAAGAAGCGCGGCUGGUCCAACGGCUGGGACGAGGCUCCCAGAGUAAGCGCCGACCAGCUCGACGGGAUGGAAGACGUCAGCCUCGACGAUGGGCCGGAGCAGGGGAGUCCCCAGGAGGGACCUCCUAUCAUGGCGGGAAUCAGUGAAGUUUUACGCACCGCCGCCGACAACUCCGAGGACUUUCACCGAUUAUACGAGAUCUUGACGGACAAGUCGCUGCGCCAUUUCACCGUCGCCAACUACGAGCACGCCAUCAAAUCUUGCCUCGCCGACUUGGCCGUUCUCAAAGUUCACAUGGGCGAGCACCGCGUGGCGGCCAACUACUUUUCGCAGAUCCAGCCCUUCUAUGGAAGCAGCGGCUGGACGGAGCUGGAGCUGUCGAUCCUCGUCAUGUACUCGCAGUGCCUGGACAGGCUGGAAUCCCACAACGACUACGUCCGGGUCGCCCUCGACCUGCUGACGAAGGCCUGCGCGGCCGAGAAGGAGCGACUUCAACAGAACUCGGCGCUGCCCAUGCGAGCCGGCAUCGCGGGAGCCACGGGCGCAGCACCGCUGCACGGCGUUGCCGAGAAGCUGUUUCGACUCUCGAAGAGCCUCUCGUGGGAGGCCAAGGCACCCCUGAGCAGCCUCUUCACCGGCAUCCGUCUCAACGGCGCUCCGGAAUACCACGAUGGUCGCGACUCCUGCUCGCUGUCCAUUUCCCUGCACGGCUUGCUGCCGGAGACGAUUACGUUUGACAGCGCCAAGGUCAAGAUCACAUGCGUCGACGGAGGGCCCUGUCGCGACCUAGUGUUCGAGACGAACGGGCAAGUCAUUCUCUCGCCUGGAAGAAACAGCCUGACGGUGGAUUGCAACUCAGUCUGUCGUGCCCGGCAUGUAUCGGGUCAGCCACAUGAGCCUUUCGGCGAGCAACCUGCUGCUUCAUCACGACCAAAGCGUUCAGCAGGCGGCGCCGAAGCCGUCGGACGUUUUCAAGGACGCCGACGUGACCAUCUUUCAGCGAGCGGGCGCUCUCGACGUCAAGGUGACGGCGGCGAAGCACAUUUGCCUCGACAAGAACAACUCGUUGGAUCUCGAGCUGAGCACAGGAUGGAACGACGUGAAGAGGUGCGAGAUACGGGUUCGGCCCGCGACGGGCGGUCUCCGGCUGCUGACGAACGAGGCAAAGCCGGUGGACUCGGACGUUGCGUUUGCGAAGCCUCCCGAAGCCGGCACGUUCUCCUUCGGUCCCCUCGGGGAAGGGAGGUCGGUGACGGUGCGAUUCCCGUACUCUGUCGAGCUCGAUCUCGCCGACGUGCUGGCCAAGGUCGAGGUCACGUACGUCACCGACGGCGGCACUUUUUACCUCGCAAAGACGUUGACGAUACCGGUGUCGCUCGCGCUCGGCGUCAACGUGCAGGACGUGUUCAAGCAGGAGGCGCUCUUCUCGCGCUUCACCGUCUCGACGGCGACGGCGAGUCCGAUGCGGCUGUACGACAGCGAGCUGCUCGAAUCGGACCUCUUCGAAUCGUCGUUUGGCAUGCCGUCGGCGCACGAGAUUACCGUCUUCGCCAAGCAGCCGGCGACGUUGCUGUACAAGAUACGGAGGAAGGCUGGGUCGAAGCCGGGGAAGCGGUCGAGCAAGACGAUGUACCUGAAGCUGCACUAUCGCGUGCUGCAGACGGAGGCGGAGGAUCUCAUCCUGGCGUCGGUGCUGUCGGGGCUGCGCGAGUCGCGGCUGGCGCAGUACGCGAAGCUCGUGGCGGAGCACGUCCUCCGCGAGGCGAGGAAGGGCGUGCAGGCGCACGACCUCGAGCGGGCAGCGCUGCUGGGCGGCAUAAACACCGAGUUCCUGCAACCCGUCGCCUGGGAGGCGUGCUUCCGGGGGCUCGGAACGGACUCGGCAUCGGGCACGGACGUCGCGAGCGACCUGGCCGGAUUCCUCACGGAGUGGCAGCGGAGCCACGGCUGGCUGUCGAUGGAGGCGGCGUGCGCGGAUCCGUGGUCGAUCUUGAUCCCGGUCGAGGUGCCGGCGCUCGCCGUGGUGCACACGGCCGACAUGCGCCUCCACGGUCCGAUGCCGAGCCCGGUCCGGGAGGUGGACGGCGCGACGCCGACGGUGCGCGUGAACCAGGUGCUCGCGGGCACGCUGCACCUCCGGUGGACGCGGGCGUGGGACACGGACACGACGCAGCGCGAGGACCAAGAGUUCAGCUACGAAGUCAGCGCGGCGGCCGACACGUGGAUCCUCGGCGGACGGCGCAAGGGCCACUUUGUCAUACCGGCGUCGUCGGAGUCGCUGGCGUCGACGCCGGAGACGGAGGCGGAGAUUCCGCUGGUGCUCAUCCCGCAGCGCGAGGGCUGGCUCCCGUACCCCUCGGUAGACAUCCGGGAGGUGAUGGCGGACGGACGGGCGACGCAGGCGUGCGAGGUGGACUGGCGCAACCUCGGCGAGACGGUCCGCGUGGUGGGCGACAGGAAGAGCACGACGGUGAGCCUCGACGCGAGCGGACCCGGCGGGGGGCCGUUGGUGGUGGAGAGCUCGGCCAUGGAGCGGGGGAACGCUCGCGUCGUCGGAUAGGCACGCAGGCCCGCGUCGGUAGAUGCCAGCCAGGAUGGAUCAUGCCGAGUGCAGGUGCACGCGCUGCCGUCGAGCGAGCCACCGUCCUGCGUGCCGCAGCCGCAACCGGGCCAGGGUGUCCGGCGAGUGGACGACGAGGCGAUGGCGACAUGGAUUUGCACGGACGGCUUGCCCGUGAGUUUGCGACGGCGCCCGCACGUUUGGAGUACAGGCGCGAGACAAGCACAUCUGGACACGCGCGCCCCCCCGUUCACGCCGAGGGCUUGCCAUGGUGGACGCUUCCUCGUUUGGCCCGUUGCGCUCGAGUCCGUGACGAGCGUUUCCGUCAUCUCGGCCAUCAAAGCAGGCUUAAUGAGGCAACAAAGGUCCCCAUGCGGCCAACUCUAUGCCCGACAUGCAUCUAA